UGGCACCUCAGACGUCCAUCUGGGCGUCCCAUCUCAUCUUGGUUGCUACAGCAUGUGCUGGCAUUUACGCCUUCGUUCAAAAACGGAAACGCAGUAGCAAGUAUAAUGUGCCGAGUGAUCUGGUGAACUCGCCGUACGGAAAAGAAGUCGUAGUCGCACUCGAGCUAGCGCUCAAAGCCGGCCUCAACAUGAUUGCCUAUUGUGACGAGAAAGGGACCGAGGCAGAAUCCGGUCAAGACCUAGAGAUUAAAACCAAAGGGCAGCCUGAAGAUUUCUGCACAAGGGUUGAUAUUGAAAACGAGAAUCUUGUCAUGGAAGGACUCUUGAAAUCAUUUCCGACGCACACCAUUAUUGGGGAGGAAUCCGUAGGAAACAAUCCUUUGCCACCGCUGACGACUGAUCCGACUUGGAUAAUCGAUCCGAUCGAUGGAAACACAAAUUUUGCGUCGGGGCUUCCACUGACCUGCGUCAGCAUCGGAUUCUGUGAUAAAAAAAAUCCCGUUAUUGGGGUAGUCUACGCACCGAUGACAGAUGAAGUAUACCUGGCGGUGCGCGGAUACGGAGCCUACCGCAACGGCGUAAAAAUCACGCAGCGCGAAACCAAAGCGUUGUGCGACGCGGUAGUCUGUUUUGAAUUUGGGUAUGCACGGGACCAGGAAGCGGUUGACAAAAUGGUAGGCGCUGUCAGGAAAAUACUGGAACACGGAUGCAGAACCUGUCGAUGUCUUGGGAGUGGCGUUUUGGAUCUCUGCUAUGUUGCGACAGGCCGUUUGGACGUUGUUUAUGCUGGCGUUGCGGGAGAAGGAUGGAAGCCAUGGGACUACUGCGCAGGCUUUGUCGUCGCGACGGAGGCGGGGUGCACAAUGCAGCCUAUUGCUCAAUUGAGCAAAACGGAUUUUGACAUUUACUCAUCAAGUGUUAUUUGUGGAGUGAGUUCAAAUUUGGUUCAAGAACUCAGGGCAACGAUAUCACGCAAAUGCAUGGCGUUCGCCUGAGGGAGCAAAGCCCAUCCAAUUUCCCUUUCAACUUGCUCGGCAGGACACCCGCCAACUUUCAUAAAACUUGAACGAUCAUCUGAUAGAAGGUUAGUAUAUUUGGCUCUUUCUUAAACGCGAAGUGGCUGUACUUCCUCAACCGUGGAUUAUAAUAAUCCAACUCAUUGGAAGUC